GCUCCCAUCGGUGGACGUUACUUCUCUCUUCCGCUUCCCAAAAGCCCUCUGAUCUUCAUUUUCUGUAAUCCCUGUCAUCUCAGCAACUGACGUCAAUCCGCGCUCACAUCCUCACCAGCCAUGAGCACUCCCGCUCUCUCCGGGGGCACGAGCCUUUUUUCUGGGUUUACUCGUUUGUGCAAAGGCCUAGCGGUGGUACUGGUGGGUGGUCACAUUGCGAUUCAGGUUUUCCCUUCAGCUGUUGCUUACCUAGCCCUUAUUCCCGCCAGAACUAUCCCUUUUGCCUGGAACCUGAUUUCAGCUGGUUAUAUUGAACAAUCCAUUUAUGGGGCAAUUGUCAGCACCAUUGGUCUCCUUUUCAUUGGAAAGCUGCUUGAACCUGUAUGGGGUUCCAGGGAAUUUUUAAAGUUCAUUUUUGUGGUUAACUUUCUGACUUCUGUGUGUAUUUUCAUCACUGCCAUUGCCUUGUACUAUAUUACAAGACAAGAAAUUUACCUGUAUAUGCCAUUUUCUGGAUUUCAUGGAGUUCUUUCUGGCUUCUUGGUUGGCAUCAAGCAGAUGAUGCCGGAUCAAGAACUGCCUCUCCUUAAGAUAAAAGUGAAGUGGUUACCAUCCAUUGCUUUACUUCUUUCGAUUGCUUUGAGCUUCUGGACACUGGAGGCAGUAUCAUAUCUUCCCACUGUAAUAUUUGGGACGUACAUUAGCUGGAUUUACCUUAGGUACUGGCAGAGGAGAGUAGAGACAAAACUUAAGGGUGACCCAAGUGACGACUUUGCUUUCUCCACAUUUUUCCCAGAAUUUUUGAGACCAGUCAUAGACCUAUUGCGUCAAUAUUUCAUCGCAUGCUCUGUGGAAGAUCUG